CAGAUGUGUCGGACCAAACUGCGGGAACAAGAGCUGAACCUUUCUGAGGUCCAAGGAUGAAGAGGACGCUGCUGUUAGUGCUCACUCUCUCAGGGUUGUCCGCUGUGUCUACACACGUCAUCAAAGAGUACCACUAUGUGGGCGAAUUUAAGACCUGGGCUGACGCUCAGAGUUAUUGCAGAGAGAACUUCAAUGACCUUGCCACCAUAAACAAUCAAGAGGAAAACGACAAGCUGAUGAGUGUGUCUCAGAGCAGAGGAAGAUACGUAUGGAUAGGGCUUUAUGAUAACUUUGAGGCGUGGAAGUGGGCACUGGGAGACACAGACUUCAACAAUGAGUUCAGUAACUGGGCAACAAAUAAUCCAAACGUUAAGCAUGCCCCUGAGAGCUGCACUCUGAUGGAAAAAACUGGGUUUUGGAAUGACGUACAAUGUUUGCAUCAGCGUCAUGCAGUCUGCUAUUAUGAACCAGGUCCUACCAAAUAUAUUUUGGUGGAAACACCCAUGAAUUGGGACGAUGCGAGGACGUUUUGUAGGUCCAAAUACACAGACCUCGCCAGUGUGAGGAACAUGAAUGAGAGUCAACAAAUCUCCUCACUGCUGUCUGAAGACACCUGGAUUGGUCUCCACAGAAAGACCUGGCCUUACUGGUCUGACAAGAGCCCUAAUAUCUUCGACAAGUUGACCAAUCUAGUGUACGAAUCCAGAACUCAACAAUACUGUGCAUCAGUCAGUACAACAUCAGGGAAUUGGCACGAUAUUGACUGUGAGACAAAUCGCCAUUCUUUCUGUCAGUCUUUUACACCUCAUCAGCACGAAGCAAGGUUCAAGUUGAAGUUCCAGUCUGACGCCGACCUGAAUGAUCCUGCUGUUCAAAAGCAGAUUUUAGAGCAGCUGCAUGCUAAACUGGAGAAACAUGGAGUAUCAGACUUUAAGCUCCGCUGGACUCAGACGGACGGGGUGACAUUUCACAAGGAAAAAAAGGCAAAGGAAUAGGAAGGUAUUCCCUUUUGUGUUUUAGUAGAAAAGAUUGUGUGUCAAAAACAUUUCAAGCUAAACUCUAAUUUUACAUAUUGGGAAAACGAAUAUCAGCUUUCGUGCUGAUUGUUGGAACAUCAAUAACACACUUCAGUCAGAAUUAGAUGCUCAUCGAAGCACAGACAGAUAGCAUCGACCUGGCAAUAAUCUCCAUAAGAGAGCUGAUGUUAUUUUUACUAUAACUCUUUCUGUCCACCACAUUUGUUAUUUUGUUUUGCCUUCUUGAAGGGUCCGACGGCUGAGGAUAUUGUGGUCUUCUGACAAAUGAACCCUCAUCUCGCUGCAACUGUAACACAAUGUUAUGACUUUCAUUAUUUUCUAAUCCAUCAGAAGUGAUGAAUGUGUUUGGUAGCUUUGCUGUUUAGCUAAUGCACAUCAUGUUACAAGAUGUUUCCAUUACUUAAAAUGGUCGUUCUGCAGGAUUUGAAUAUGAUGUUAUUGCAGAGCAUGAACUUAGUUUGGAAAUUUGUUAAUUUUUCCAUAUUUAAUUCUUAUCCUGAGUGCUUGCUGCUUGAUAUUUAGCAAUCUCUUUGCGGCUUUGAAUUAUGUGUUUUUGUUUAUGAUUAGUAUUAGAGAUAAUCACUUCAUUAGCAUUUCAUUUUCCACAAUGUAUUUAACCUUUUGUAGCAAAGCUCUAUU